CAAGCAGGUUAUAAAUUAGCAAGUUUAAUAAUGAAUUGAUAAUUUUCAGCUGGUCUGUCAAUGUCGCCGUGUCGGUUACUCGAUCUGGGAUCAACAUCGGAGAAGUUCCAUCUGUGGACUGACUGUCGUUUGCCCGUGGACGAAUUUGGCCAUCAUGGACUCUCAUGCAAAAACAGCGCAGGACGUUUCAUGCGACAUUCGUCCUUGAACGAAGUGAUUCGGAGAAGCUUAGUCACCGCCAAUACACCGGCUGUACUUGAACCGCGAGGGACCAGUGACGUCGAUGAGCGGCGGCCGGAUGGUGUAUCACAGCUGCCUUGGAGAAACGGAAGGAGACUUGCCUGGGAUGUGACGUGCGUGGACACGUUGGCCCUGUCUAAUGUAAUCAGCAGCAGUAGAAAGGCCGGGGAAGCAGCCAAAAAAGCGGAAGAAGAGAAGCGCCGGAAAUAUUAGUAUUUAGUUAACGAGUACGAUUUUGUUGCGUUAGCUUUUGAGACUUUUGGUGUCGUUAGCCCAGCAUGUUUGAAGUUUCUACGCGAACUGGGCAUGCGGAUAAUGGAUGCUA